GGUGGGAUGGUGGAAGGACAAGCGUCUCAAGAUGAAGUAUUAUGUGUGGCCACGUUCUGAGCUUUACCCUGACAGUGAGGAGCGUGCAGACGACCAUCUUAGCAUAGUGACCCUAGAAGAAGCACCGUUUGUCAUUGUGGAAAAUGUGGACCCUCUAAGCGGUACCUGUAUGAGAAACACUGUCCCAUGCCAAAAAAGAAAUGUGACAGAGUAAGUGCCAACAGGAUCUUUCUCCAGCUGAUUCCUCCUAGCAUGUUUCUCUCCACAGCAGCAAAGCCAGCUGGACUGUCUCAGGCUGGCUUUGUUGCCACUUGCCACUAAUUCAACGUUCCAGUCAGCUUGGCUCAUUCAGCGAAACAUCAAGCAGAGUUUUCAGCUAGGGAUGUAAUGGAGAAUGAAAGAGAGAGUAGCCAAGGAAAGAAGUAGGGGAUAACAGUAGUCAAUUUUCAACAAUUCUAAAUUCUAGCACAGAUCAAAAUUGUCCAAAUCACAUUUUUGUUGGAAAUUAGCACCUUUGUCUAAAAAAAGGAAGAAGAUGAAAAAAGAAAAAUGACAAGAAUAUAUUUUCAAAAUUUCUGCUUAUAACAUUCAGUUUCUGCUGAGAAUGCCACACAAAGUUUGAAUUUGCAGCUAAACAUGGUAGUUCUGUGUUUUUCAAGGAUCAUAUGGAAUUUCUUAAGAUUAAAUCCACUUUCUGAGUGCAGCAUGAUGGAAAAAAAUGGGCCAUAUAUUUUUGUUUUUAGUUUUAAAAUAUCAUUUAUCAGUUACACUUAAUCACUUUUUGUUGUGGCUGUUUAGCAACAAGACGGAUGAGGAGACUGCGUAUACCAAGAAAUGUUGCAAAGGGUUUUGUAUUGAUAUUCUCAAGAAAAUCUCCAAGUUUGUCAAGUUCACCUAUGACCUUUACUUGGUAACCAAUGGUAAACAUGGGAAGAAGAUCAAUGGAACAUGGAAUGGAAUGAUAGGCGAGGUAAGCCCUGAAAGGUACCUGCUUUUACUUACAGGCUCACCAACAGACUGUAUGAAUUAUUUCCCCUCUAUCGCCAGGUGAUACUUGUUCUUGGGGCAGAAAUCAAUUGAGUUAUGCUUUCCAAAUCUGUGUAUCAAUUUGAAUUUUGCCAUUGGGAAAAAUUAUCAUCUUGGAAUUAUCAUCAAACAAAUUUGUGAAGCUAUAUGAUAUUUACAUGGUGUUUUUUUUAAAUAUAAAAGCAAAUGUAAGAAAAAAUGUUUUAUGGAACAAGCAGGAAACGAAGAGCAAUAGAAAUAAUGUUGUUUUCUGCUGCUUGUGGUCCAUUUACUGCCAGAGUAUUUCUCAGCAUGCGUUUGAUGGAGGAGGUGAUGCGAGGUAUGACAUGCAAUAACACAAAAGGAAACACCAGUAUAUACAACUGUAAAGUUUAAAGGAUUUUUGCCACCUUUCUCCAAGUCUCUAAAUCUGUGGGCAGCAGCUGAGUCGCAGGGUCAACUCUUGACAUCUGCAGGAAGCACCGGGAGACAUCCCUGCCUGAAACCCUGGAGAGCUGCUGCCAGUCAGUGUAGACAGUGCUGAGCUAGAUGGAUCAGUGGUCUAACUCAGCAUAAAGCAGCCUCCUAUGUUGUUCCUAAAUGUACAUUGUCUCUGGUCCCAACACCCAAAGUGUUUUGCAGGUAUGUGUACAUAUGUGUGUACACAAAUACUGAAACCAACCCACAACCAAUUGGUUGCCUUAAAGGGGCACACUUGUGGGGAGGGCUGUUGUUUUCCAGGGAAAUGGAAAACAAGGAUGGUCCUUCCCAGUAAUUAUUUGUUUUUCCUUUCACUGAUCUGACCUUCCAUUCUGAAUGUUCAAAUAUGAUGUGAAAUAAUUCUUAGCUAGCCUGCCACUCUUUUUCUCCUCUCUUAUUGCACAAUGUGCCACCUUCUUCCUCCAUUCUUUUUCCUUUAUCUUUCCCAGUUCCCAUUUCCAAAUGUGAUGUCAACACCAUUUGCCCUUGCUUUCUACCUUCCUGCCUCAUAUAUACAAAACCUUGUGAAUGUGUGGCAGCCUGUCGCUGUUUUAACUUACCCGAAAGCAUCCUUUAUUCUUGAACAAGUUCCAGCUCCUGCAUGCUAGACUCUAGUCUCUGCAUUAACUAUUUUUCUGUCUCCUUGUCUCAGGUGGUUGACAAACGUGCCUAUAUGGCGGUGGGAUCCCUCACCAUAAAUGCAGAACGCUCAGAAGUGGUAGACUUUUCUGUACCCUUCAUUGAGACAGGCAUUAGUGUAAUGGUGUCGCGAAGCAAUGGGACUGUCUCACCUUCUGCCUUUUUAGGUAAAGUUUUUUUAAAUUAUAUAUAUAUUUUUUGAGGCAAAGUGCAGGGGAAAAUAUUUUAAGACAAACAACCAGAAUGUUUGCUGUUCUUUUUCUAAUUUAAAAAACAAACAGCACACACACACUGCUUGAAAGAAACUUUAUACACUCUAAAGUUCAAUCCUGAACUAGAUUUCAGAACCAGGUUCUAGAUGUGAAAAUGAGAAUACUAACAAACAACUUCAGAAAUAUUGGUCCCAGGUUCCAGAACUAGAAGUUUAAUUAUGUUCAAAUACAUUUAUUCAGCUUUCCCCUGAUCUUUGCUUCCUGGAGCUGACCUAUGACAAUCAUUUGGCAUCCCAGCAGUAUGACAUGCAGACGAUCGGAAGAAGCUUUUCCUAUCACUUUGCCUUAUAUCCAAAGAAGUGAAGGCAGAGUCUCUUUCUUGCUUUCUUUUUUGAAGUUUAUAAGCCUUUUUUGCGUGCAAAGCCCUCAAAGCACCAUAAAACAUUAAAAAAUCAAAUGAAAUCACAAUAGCAGCAGAGAAAAUAUACUGACAAAAAAGCUAGAUACUAAUUCUUAACUGGCUAGUUCAUUUCCAUUCUGAGGAUCUACAUCAAUAUGGCGCUCUGUGCCAGUCUACAGAAAGGGAAAGAACUAGGCUGGCUUUCUGGGGUACAGAGUUCCAGAGCCUGGGUUAAACCAGGCUGAGAGUCAAAGCAAAGUGAAUCACAAUGGAGUCGCAUGCUCCAGACAACAGGAUCCUAACAUCAGCCUGAAAGCAGUAUUUUGAACACAUUUCAAAGGCAGAACCACUAGAACGUAUUGCAAACUACUGCAAUUGCAUAUUACCACCUCUCCCCAUACUAACCCACCCAGAGCCUGCAAGAAGGGCCUGAGGCCCUUCUUCGUGUGAGGUCUGGAGGGUGGCAAUACAAGAACUGGACUUUUCUGCAGUAGUUUCUCGCUUGUGGGAUGCUCUCUCCAGGGAAGCUCACCUGGCACCUUCAUUAUAUACCAUAAGGUGCUGGCAAAAACUCACUCCUGUGUAAGUUCUGUACCUGAAAGCAGCUGCCAUUUAGAAUAACAGUAACUGUAAAGAAACAGUAACCAAAUCAGUUCUGGGUGGAAUUUAAUGAUGGGCUCUUCCAAUCUUUCCACCCACAUAAGCCUUUCUGCUUGCCAGAUAGAACAAUACCAGCUCUCCUCCCUAGGGGGCAGGGUGAGGAGACGAGGGGAAAAGGCCCUUUCCAUAAGUGGAUGUCCUUGCACUUGGCUUCCACUGAUGGGGCUGGCUUGUAUUUUGGGGUAGGAUGGAAAAGUACCUACAAAAUUUCUGUCUCUUUCUCUUUAGAGCCAUUCAGUGCUGAUGUAUGGGUGAUGAUGUUUGUAAUGCUGCUUAUAAUCUCUGCGGUGGCGGUCUUUGUCUUUGAGUACUUCAGCCCUGUGGGAUACAACCGGUGUCUGGCUGAUGGCAGAGGUAAGGAGACAUAUCUCUCAACAUGCAACAAAUAUGGUCUUGCUUGUUUAGCUUGGCUUCAUUUUAUCCUCCUCCUGCAUAUAUGUCAACCAUUUACAGAUUUUGUAUUUUCUCUGGGUAAACAAGGAAAGAAGUUGAAUCAAUAGGUUCACAAACAGCAGAAAAUUUAAAUGGAUCUCUUUGGAUUAUUGGGCAUUUGCAUGGUUCACAAUACAGAGCCACUAAUUUCCAGCUGACCUGAAAUUAUCUGCCUGACCCUAUGUGUGUUUGCUCAUAAUUUCUCCAAAGUAAACAUGCUACUUUGUUAAACUGAAAUAUAUAUUCCCUUGGACAACUGUUCACAUUUGAAUUGGUACCCAGCAAAUGUGCAAAAUUUUGCAAAUUUUGUCAUGCAUAUGAAUUUUAACAUAAUAAAUUUGCAACCCUUGAUUGCUUUUCCUACUUUGGUUCUGCUUGCCUUGGCUGUAUAACUGGAAAUUUACAUGACGACAAUGAUGAUGAUGAUAUUACAAAGCUAUGUAAUGUUACAUUCAUCUAUCUCUCAUUACACUAAUUGCAUUAAUGGAAUUAUUUCCUUUCAGAGAUUCACCCAAAGUGCCUAAUGGAGAACCUCUGCACAUUAACCCCUUGCAAAUUAAUUCACAUCUAGAUUGUGUGUCAGAAGAAGGACAGGGAUAAGGAAGUUACAGCAAUCUAGGGGUGCUUGAAGCAGCAGAAAUGACAAACCAUCUCCACUGUCAUACUCUACUGCCUCCAUAAAUUUGAGACAUAUUAACCAUUAAUUUAAUAUCCUCGGGUGGGUGGGGGAUGUAGAUGGAGUAGUUGCGGGGGGACAGGGAGCAAAAAGUGCAAAGCUGUCUGAUUAGAGAGUUGGUUUAUGAGUGAAGGGCAAAGGCAGAAUACAGAAAAUAAGUGAAAGCACUUGGAUGCUGGUAAGAUACUGGUAUAUUCCCUUGGCUUUGUUGAGCUGUGAAAUGGCCCCCUACGUAAGACCUUCUGGUUUACCCACAGGCUGAAAAUAUGAAGAUGCUUGACCUGAGAUAUUUGUGUGAAAAUCGUUUUACCCGCUUCUCAAAUUUGCCCUGAACGUAUCUAUGCCACCAAGUUUCUGAGCCCUGAAGAAAAGAUAUUUUGAAAUGGAAAUUUAGUCAGAGCUUUAUGUAUAGUCAUGCCAAAGGGAGCUGUUGUCCACAAGCUGUGGACAGCAUACAUGGACCAAUGCACAUAUCUAAGGAGAUGUAUGCAGAGUUGUGAAUAUUCAUGAAGAUGCUCAUGCUGAAAUUUCUGUAUACACACCAUGCACAUAUUUUUAGUACAGGUAGCAGAACAGAUGUGAAUGGUGAAUAGCUUGAAUGAAUUAUUUGGGGCAAAACUGGAUUCUAUAUGUGAAAUGAUGACAUACAUUGUUAUGAAAAACAUGCAUUGCACAAGGCCAAUAUGGAUAUGUUCAUGUGUGUUUUUUCUGGAUACCAAAUGCUACACAGAGUUCACUGUGUGUUUGCAGCUGUUUGCAUAGUCCACAUGAUGUUAGCCCAUGCAACUCAAUGGGACUUACUUCUGUGUAGUCAUUGAGGAUGAUAAUCUUAACUGUUAAGGUAUCCUGAAAAGGUACUCUUGCUUUAUAAAUCUAUGGUGAUUCUGGAAGAAGCAGCAGCAAAUAUAGACCAUGCAAAACAGAAAAUGAGCAAUGUUCAACAGUGUUUCUUUGCAAUUAUGCAGUGGAGCUAGUUUAAAGUUUUAUUUUAUUUAUCCAUUUUCCCUUUAAAAGUUUCCUUUAAAAGUUCCUUACUCGCUUCCUCAAAUUUUUAAAAUGCAAAUUAUAAACAUCAAUACAGAGAUAAAUUAAUUUGCAUGCAAAAAUAAAUGUUGAUGAAAUGCUUCACUGUUAAGUAUUCAAAAAGCCAAAAAAUGCAAAAUGAAUGUUUCUCAUAAUAACUUAUCUCAUCUGCAUUGCAUAUGUGGGAGCCAGAUUUGCCAUCAGAUACAUUCAUUCAAUUCUUAUUGAAAGUCAGCUGGAGUUGUGGCACAUAAGCCUGCAUUAAUAAGCAUAACUAAUAGACUCUGUGAACUUGGUUUGAGUUAGUUCCAUUAAAAUGCAGACGGGAAAAGAGCAGCUGUGUGAAGGAACUCUCUUGGCCUUGUACUUCAUUGCAUGGAUGUUUCUAGUUGUUUAGAUCACAGUGACCUUGUAGGACUUAAAGAACUUUUGAAAACCUGUGCUCACACUUACUUAACAGAACAACAAUAGCUAUGAUACCAAAUGCCACAAUUUGUUAUAGAGCUAGAGGCGUCAUGAAAUUUCUGUUUUACUCAUGGGAGUGCUCCUGAAUGUCUAAAACUCGUGAUGUGAAAAAGAUUUAUGUGUGCCUCUAUUUGCAAGUCAUACAUAAGUACUGUAUGCCAAGACUCAGAGAGCAGCACUGCAUACUUUCACCUUACGGGGAGGCACGUGUAUCACUUCCUCCCUGUUGCAGUUUAGGUUGCAGGAGUGGCUUGCGGAGUUAGUCACUUCAGUGACUCUAUUUAUGAUAACGUUUGGAUAAACAAAAAUGCACGCGUGUAUUGUUAAGGCAGAUGACAUUUUGUUAUACCUCACCCUUCAUCUGAGGUACUCAAAAUGACCUUUUAGCUUCACAGCAACCAGAAGAUGAUGACUUGGUGAGUUGCCCAAGGUCACCCACUGAGCUGAGCAGCCAAGGGUAAAUUCGUUUCCGGGUUUCCCACAGAACGUUAGGGUCCUUUUACUCAUUUAUUUUGUGGGAUCCAGGCAUAUUUAUUUAAGACACUUUUCUGCUACAGGACUGUCACAUUUCCCCUGCGUUCCACCUACAGCAUUUUGUGGAUGGGAAAUGCAAAUUGUUGUCCUUUGUGCAGAAUGUGGCCGCUGGAAUUCCAUUGUACCCACCUAAAUGUCAGUGUCACAACAAAUAGAGAUGAGCAACACACCCCAUACUCACUCAUUUACUAUGUUAACACAAUUUUCUGUACUUUUAAAAGUUCAGCUUUUAGAGUUGUGCUUUGUUGGGGACUGUUUUUACUUUUUGUUAGAGGAUCAUUCAAUCCCAAGAACACUCAUGUAGCCCUCAAAAGACAACAUGUGAACAUCAGCAAUGCUAAGUGUUUUUCAAUAAUUUUUAUUAUCUUUGAUGUGCUUUCCCUUUCUAGGGUUGGAGAGCACAUCCGUUUUGUGUUGUUUUGUUUUGUUUCAGAGUAGUAAAAAGUAGUUCCCCCUCCCAGAACACUAGUCAAGCUCUCCCCAAACAUGACUGCUUUCUUCAAUUACACGGGGGACUGGGAAGCCUAUUGGCUGAUAACUGAUUGGCUCCGCCAUGAAACCUGAAGCCUACCACUGACGCAUCACACUGCCAAACCAUGCUUUGAUAACUGGGAACAUCCAACAAGGUUGUGCCAUCUCCCAACUUCCUCCAGCUGCAUGAAUUUCCCUUUCUUUCUCUGGUUAGUGUUAACUGCAAGGUUUCAUUGCUACAUCUGAGCUGGCAUAAGAACAGUUACCACUGACCAUAGUUAGCUUCUAAACCAGAGAUUGAGGUAAACUUCUAACCCUGGUUUCAGUCUCUGUUUUAGAAGCCAACUGAUAUUUUACCUCUUCAGAUUUAACACUGCAAUUCUAUGGACACUUACCUGGGAGUAGGUCCUGUUGGGGCUUACUUCUGAGCAGACAUAGUUAGAAUUCUGCUGUAAAUUAGUUGAUAUUAACCAGGAAGAACAGAGAAAGAGAGGAAGAAAAGCGUGCAAAUUUAUGGGAUUCUUCCAGUAUACCAACCUAUGUUUGCACAAUCAGACAAAGUGAUGUAUAAGAGAAAAGGGUGAGGAUUUUGUACUAACUACUUGGAAUGACGGACUUUGCCAGUCUGAUCACUAUUUCUGCUUAUGUUUUUGGUCAUUUCAGAGCCUGGUGGUCCUUCUUUCACCAUUGGCAAAGCUAUCUGGUUAUUGUGGGGCCUGGUAUUCAACAACUCUGUGCCAGUGCAGAAUCCCAAGGGAACUACGAGCAAGAUCAUGGUGUCUGUGUGGGCCUUCUUUGCUGUCAUCUUUCUGGCCAGUUACACUGCCAAUUUGGCUGCCUUCAUGAUCCAAGAGGAGUAUGUAGACCAGGUGUCUGGGCUGAGCGACAAAAAGGUAAUGCAUUUGCAACCUCAGAGGGUUGCUUCCUUGUCACGAAAUCCUUUUGCUUCUUCUCUGAUUUUAAUUGAGUGCACCCUGAGCUUGGUUAGCAAUAAUGCAGCCAUAAUUUAAUUUAUGAUGUUAGUAAUAAAUAACAUGAUAAUUCAAAUAAUAAGAAAACUUUUUAAUUCUAUUUUGUGCGUGUUUUUUAAUUGAUUUGUGAAUAUUUAAACCCAAGUUUCUCAAAGUAUAAAGUGAGCAUCCCUAUGUGUUGGCAUCCUAUAACUUUAUGAUCAGUUGCCAGCAGAGCUGAAACGACCUCCCUGAUAAACCCAGAUUUUGUAUAUAUCUUGACUGGGCAAAGAAAUAGAAUGUGCCUGCUCUCUUCUUAGCAACUGUGAAGUAAUAAACUAGUGCUCUGCCUCCCAUUCCUUCUGCUACCCUUUAAUCCACUUGAACUCUGCUUGGGGCAAGUAUGACAAAUACAACAUUUUGUCUUUGGCUGAUUUUGUUCUCCUGCUUUCCAGUUUCUGUAGGAAUUUCUCACAAGCUGAGAAGUGCUGCACAGCAAUGCUCUGAGAGGUUAUUAUUAUCUUCCCUGUAAAGAGGAGGAACAGACACUGAUAUGCUUAAGUCCAUGGCAGAAAUAGGAUUUAAGCACACACACCCCAUACACAAUAGCCCACUCCUAUGCAUAGUUAUAUGGAAAUCCCACUAUAUUCAAUUGGCUUUACUCCCAAAUAAGUGUGCACAGGAUUGCAGCGAUAGGUUAUAUAUUUUAGCAUGAAGCUUAAGAAAAUGGAAGAAUAUCAGCUAAAUAGCUAUAGUUGGAAGUACUUAGGCUGGAGAGAGAAAAAAUACCCUCAUGCAAGUUAAUGUAGUUACAAUGUAGUUGAUAAUUUGGGGCUCUGCUGUUAUUGGUGAAUGAGGGAUGGGGAUGCAACCCUGAAAGGAAAUUUCCCUCACCCAUUUUCUUAAUAUUUUUUUCUUCCUUGCUCUCAUUUCCUGAUUUUUUUGCAAUUGUGUGAAUUAUAGAUGCAGAUGUUUUAUGGUAGGCUGGGCUGUGCAGCAGCAUUAGACAGAGGUCACUGGCUUGUGAUCACAGAGGUGGACUCCUUGUGCUUAUGGGUCAUAGCUAUUGAUGAAUAUAGUGUUGCAAGCUCUAGUUUAUCAUUAGUGCAUUGGUUUAUUUUUUAGCAACAAUAAUGAUAUUUAUUAGUUCAAUAUUAUCUUAUCAUACUUUGUUAAAACCAGGCUUGUCUGAUAUGCUGCAAGGGUGGCACUACAGUCUCCUAGAUUAGAUGUCCUCAAGACAGAUGUCCGUAAUAUUUGUGACCUUCUCAGUGCCUUUUUAAAUUAUUCAUUCUGUCCCAUUUUGACCUCACAAACCAUCAAAGAUGAUGAGUCUUCGGUGGUUGCUGAUGGAUGAAUUAGCAUAUAUAAGAAGCACAGGAUUAUUGUUGGUAGAUUCAAAUCCUGGGGGGAAAGGCCUUUCUUCCUCUGUCCCUCCCCCUCCCUUUUGAAAUAUUAAAUGCAAUUUGUACCAAACCAUGGGCUAUUCUUUACCUUAAGGUAUAUUCUGGAUUUCAGGUUCUUGGAUAGAUGGCCAAACUUCAUGUAAUGUAAAGGUUCUGUGGCUGGAAAUCCUGUUGUCUUUUCCCAUUACAAAAAGAUCUGCCUGAUUUGGAAGAGGGAGUUUAACAAUUUUUUAAUGUAUGUGUUGCAUCCACACUUCUUAGCUCCCCAUCUUUUCAGAAAGUCCUUCCCUGGGCAGCCAAAGAAGAGGAGGUAAAAUGGUCUCCGCACUUUUCCCCACCCCCAACACCAGAGGUGUAGCAACUAUCACUCCUCUCCUCUCCUCUCAUUUUGUCCCACAGCAGCCGCCCAGGCAAAUCCUUCCAGAAAGUAGGGGAGGAGUUAGUAUCAUAGCCAAUGGGAGUUGGAAGUUGGCGGAUCCUUCCAACUCCAGCAAAUGCUCCAUGCUGCAGAGCUUGAAGAUAAAUUAUAGUCGUCCCUCUGCUUGCAUCAGGUUGGCAACCCACAGCUUUGAAGGCUGCCUGCACAUUACACAUUGUAGCUUUAUUUCUAGAAGGGCUGAAGACAUACUGUUUUUAAAAAAUUAAAAACUCAGUGUUUGGGUCCUCUGCUGCCAUGAGCCCUAGUGCAAUUGCUGCAAUUGUACCAUUAUAAAUCCAUCUCUGUUAGGACUGAAUGGAUUCCUAUUGCCUGGGGUCCAAACAACUCACUAUAUCAGUCACAGCUCUGACCUCACUUAUUGGCUAAAAACAUUGAGAGGCCGGAACAGCCAGGCUGGCUCAUUUGAAAGAAAUUAUUCAGAAAGGUACCUGCAUGUUAUGAUUGAUAAAUUUCUUAUUAGAAGGGCUAGAAUCUUCUUCUUUUUUAAUGAAAGCUCUGAGUCUGGUAACCCCCUUCAGGGAUGCCAAUGAAGGCCUUCAUGGGCACCAGGUUGGUGACCUCUGUCCUAACGGACCAGCCUCCACUGAUUUUAAUUGGGAAGAAGGAGAAGCAAACAGUAGAAACAAAACAACUAAAAUGCUAGAAUUCAACCAUCUCAAUUCAUUGCUUGUAGUCACAUUUCAAAACUAUCCUCUCAGUUAACAAGGCACACUAAUGGCUUGGAGGCCCCUCAGCCCCAUGUGGCCCUAAUGCUGCACACACCUAUAAAUCCUUUCCUGCUGGGAGCAGCAACAUUGACAUUGUUGGAGUUGUUGGGGCUUGUAGUCUGCUGGUGUGGCCUUCUUAUUCCAAUCUAGCACAUUACUUUCCUAAAAUCCCUUGCAUCCUAAUUUUGAUUUCUCUUGCUGUUGUUUGUGUCUGUCGUGAGUGUUAGCUUUGAGGUAAGUCUUGUCCCCUUCACCCCCGCCCCCUAAAUUCUGGCCUUUGGUGUGAUUGAUUUAAAUCCAGUGUUAAAUGUUUGAAGACCUCUGUGCCUCUGAGUAACAGUACCCAUACCCAGUUAGAAUCCAUAGUACCUAUGGCCAGUCAAAUUAUUUUGGCAUCAGAGGCAAAAACAUGCAUCUUUCCCCUUCUCUAACUACUAGAGAAGUACAAUGGUAAUAUCUAUUGAAUUAUUUGGCACCAUUCAAAUAUACCAAAAAUAGAUGGACUCAGGUGGCUGCCUCAUUCUUCCUAAUGUUAAGGCCAACUCUGAUAUUGUUUGUCUGUGGCCACAUUCACACUAUAUAUUUACAGCACUAUGAUACCACUAUAAACAGUCAUGGCUUCCUCCAGGCAAUUCUGAGAGCUAUAGCUUGUGAAAGGUGCUGGGAGUUGUUAGGAGAUCUCUGUUCCCCUCACUCUUAAUAAAUGUAGCCCUGGAUAAUUAUAGAUACCCUGUUUCCUCCCAGAGCUACAAUUCCCAGAGCUACAUUUAACAAUCAAUCCCUCUUCCCAGGGAACUUUGGAAAUUGUAGUUCUGUGAGAGGAAUUGGUGACCUCCUAACAAUUCUCAGCACCUUUCACCAACAACAGCUCCCAGAAUGCAGCUCACUCUUCAUAUAAUGCUUUUCUUGUGGCAGGUAUAAUGGAGGCCAAUAGCUCUGUUGCUUUUGAAACAAUUAAACAAAUUAUAGGGGGACAGGUUAAUCAGAAGCUUUUACCUUUGAUAAUGAAUCAUGAUGGGGCAGUAUACCUCUGAAUAUCAAAUGAUUCUUGAGAACAAAAAAGGCAGUGUUGGUCUCACCUUCACAUCUUGCUUAUGCUGAAACAGAAUGUAGAAUUCGUUGGGAUUUUCUGUGAGCCUAGCAGGGAUCUUCCUAUGUUCUGAUGCCAUAGCUAAACCCAGUUUCAUCAUUCUCAUGGCUCAUUUUUGCUGAACCUAUUUUCUUCCUCUAGCAGAUCCCUCCAAACAAAUUCCCAUGUAUACAUGCCUCCAAUUAUUUCCCCCUUCAGAUAAUUGUUCCCUUAAAUAUCCAUUUCCCAGUUCCUUAUUCUUUAAGAUCAAAGGAAAGGGCCAAAGGUUAAAGGACAAAUCGGUGAUAGCGUAACAGGCAGGUGUUCAUAUCUCUGAAUGUAUACAUUCAUAGAAGAUGCUGAACUUAUUUGAAAUAAAGGGGUUAUUUUUCACAAUAGAAAUAGGAUUGCAGUUUAUUUCUAUGAUUCUGUACUUUUUGGUGCAGUUGAUUUGUCCAUGUUACUGGUUUUUAGUGUUAUUCUUUUCAACAUUUUAAUCUUAAAAUCCAAGGCACAUAAAUCUUAUUAUUCGGCUAGGCCCCUGGAUAUGAAACGUAAUCUAGCAAAACACAUCCUUACCUUUAAACACUUGAACAGCCUAGUUUAAAAAUCAGUAGGAUUUUACUUAAAGAUAAGUACAUCCUCAUUGUUAUAGACUGGGAUCCUAAGCAUACUUUCUGUGAAACUAAGCUCCUUUCAAAUCAAUUAGGCCUGCUUUUGAGUAAAUAUAUUCAAGAUUGAGGUGCCAGGCAGCACUUUCCAGUUCUUAAGCUAUGGAACACUUGUUACAGGAAGAGAUCUCACCUAGCACAUGGUGGGGAACCUGUGACUCUUCAGAGGGUUCUGCCAUCAUCACUGACCAUUAACCAUGUUAGAUGGGUCUGGGUGGGGGACUGGAGUCUAACAACAUCUGGAGAGCAACAGGUUUCCUACCCCUGAUCUGAAUUCUUCAUUGAAUACUUUUCACAUUAGCUGGAUGCUUCAAUUUUACACAGUGUUUAAGGGCUGCUGCUACCGUUAGAAAGUAGGAAGAAAAGAAGUGAUUUAUGAGUUCUGUGGACAAAGAGUUGCAAAUCAAGAUGUACCAUUGAGUUUUCAGAUUUGGCCUUUUUAAGUUGCUUGUGCCCUUUGGAAGCGUCUUUGUUGGAAGAAAAUAGACUGGUUAGUUAUAAAGUUAUGAAUGUUUAAAUACACCAACAUGUGAUAUAUUUUUUGUCUUUCCUGCCCCCCUUUAAAUCUCAGCUCAAAGUGGAACGGCUUAAAACACUGGUAUGACUGUGAUGUGCUUUAGCUUUGACUCAUUCCUCAUAGGAUCCUCUCUCUUCCUCAACGCUGCAGGGAUUAAUGGUGGUAAAAACUUGUAAUGGGACUCUUCAGGAUUAAUGGGAGUACAAAUGUGUUUUUUCUCAGUACCUUAAGCAGAUAAAGCCUAAAGACAUGCAGAGAAUAGGCAUGCUGACUUUUGGACUUGGAUUUCACUCAUGCUGGAAGAGGGGCAUGUGUGAAAAUCUCCCAAUAGGCUACACUUGAGGCAAGAUGGAAAGAAAUAAUCAGCACAUGAUUUAAAAGAUUACAGUUUCAAGGUGCGGCUAACAGUAAUUCUGUGCUGUCUUUUCCUCUUAUCUUGCUGCAGUAUUACAUGAUGGGUUUUGGACAUUAUAUUUCUGUUCUUGUUCCCUUUGAAGCUGCCCAUAAGAAAAUAGGAAAAUGUGAAGCUCCAUUAUCCUGAGUCAGAUUAUUGGUCCAUUUAGCUCAGUAUUGUUUAUGUUGACUAGCCGUGGCUCUCCAGGGUUUUAGCUAAGGGGUUUUCUGCCUGGAGAUUUCAGGGACUGUGCUCUACUACUGAGUAAAAUAAGAGGAGCCCUUCUAAGUCAGACCAAGAGUCCACCUAGUUCAGCUAGCCAGAUGCUUCCAGGAAGCCUGUGUAACUAGAACAGUCAACAUGCAUUCUUUUCUUUUGCUCAUACCUGAUAUUCAGAGGCACACUGUCUCUGUCUCUGAGCCUGGAGAUUCCAUUUAACUAUCGUAGUUAACAGCUGUUGAUAGACCUAUCUUCCAUGCAUUUGUUUAACCCCCUUCCCUAAGGGCCGGAUUAAACAAGACAUUGGUGGCCCAAAAUCAGAUGUCCUGUCUCUUUUAAAAGCAGCCAAGCAUGUGCAAAUUUGAUCAGGACCACGGCCAGGGAGGAGGGAUGUUAAUUAUUUUCUACCAUGCUGUUUGUCCAUUUAAAAUCCCCUCAAAGCUGCUAUUUUCUCUGCUGGGCUAACAUACAGAUGUCAAUGCAUUGAGACUCUGACACUCUGUGUAGCAGGCCCUGUACAUAGAAAUUUUGUGCACUGGAGAAUUAUUGUAACAUAUAUUUUUGCUCAGGAACCUCAGAACUGUAUUUCCCAGUAUCUCUGGUGCUGAUAUGCAAAAACCAUUCAUUCCUCUCUCACAUGAUCUACAUGGCACAUGACAUCCACAGCCUGUGUACCAGGUAGGCAGUUGCAGUAAGACUUCACUGCCCUGACCUCCUCACCCUGUUGCCAUAAUUGCACAAGUGUUUAACAUAUCUGCCCCCUUAUUUUCGCAGUACUUUGUUACUAGCGCUCACUCACGCUCAGUAUUUUAUCCCUAGUAUUUUAAUCCAUUGGAGAUGCAGCAAAUUGGUCAUUUAUAUUAACUGGGUCAGUUGGAAACAGCAAAAGAAGAAAUGUGUAACUAACUGCUUUGCUUAUCCUCUUUUCACAUUGGUGCAUAGUGCAAAGAGUGGCUUCACAUGUUUCCUCCACAGAGAGAUUUACGUGCUUCAGAUAUUGGUAGCAUUUGGUAAAAUGCUGUAUAUUUCUGGUGUGCAUAUUUGUGCUGAGAAGACUGGUGGCCACAUUUAGAAUUAACAUUUUGCAUCCGUAUUUUAUUAUUUUAUUAAUUCCCAUAAAUGCAUCUGCAUAAAAAACCUCUUGCCAGAAUUUAUCACCAACAGAAAAUUUAUUGAAUAGCAGACACCCAGAUACCUGCCUUUGAAUUAUUACAAUGAAGUUACAUGGAAAACAUCACUCAAAAUGAACUUUUCAAUUCAGAAUACAACUUGUAGAAUUGGGGUGCUGUUUCAGAUGUAACAAUGAGGGCUUAUGUGAUCCCUUAUCUCUGCCAGCAUGGAGAAGUUUGGAGUUUGGAUGCUUUAGUUGAGCUUCCUGCUUUGCAUUGGGUUAGACUAGAUGAUCCUCAGGAUCCCUUCAAACUCUACAAUUCUAUGAUUCUAUAAGUCUUCAAUUUUUAUGCAGUGAAGGGAUGAUGUAGCCUAGCAACAAGGUCAAUGUAGAGCCUAUGUAGUAACUUGGUUGCAAGAAGCUGCUCUGAUCAGAGAUUCGAUACAGUCAGAGAAGAGGUUGUGUAGUUCUGAAUUACUAAACAGUCUAGUUAACGCAGAGAUUGCAUAAAUUUGGAUUCUGCAUGGAGGUUCAGUCAAGCUACUGAACCUACUAUGUGCACUUUACUGCAUGUGACGAAAUGUGUUGGAAGAUUUCUUUGCUAAUUAGAUCCCUGCUAUGAUUUUAGCCAUUUUAGAAGAACAACCUUCUUUAAACUUGCUAUUUUUAGCUUCCUUUUAUGUUCUUUUAAUCUCAGAGUUCCUUGAUAAUUAUUUCUUUUCUUAUUCCCAACUCAGUGAUAUCACUGACUCCAAUUUACAGAGACAACUCUUAAAAUCUUGCUGCCAAGCACAUGUCAUAUUUGAGAACACCAGUGCACCAACAUUACUCAGGAAGCACUUUGGUUAUACGUUUCACCAUUUACAGGGAAGAAGUGAAAGUCUCAGAGUUUGCUUUGAGUUCCUGGCUUUGAUUCCUCACUUAGGACCUGGUAAAGGUAUAUCUGAGAGGAUGAUUCAGAAUCUGCAUUUCUGAGGGAAAUAGUGACGAAAGUUGAUGUGUAUAUUUAAAGCACAUGGCUUCCCUCAAAGACUCCUGGAAACUGUAGUUUUGUAGGUGCUGAGAAUGAUAGCUCUGUGAGAGGUAAACUAUAGUUUCCAGAGAAGCCAUGCACUUAAGAUGUGCUUUAAAUGUGAGAUGCCCUAAGAAAACUCAGCCAGCUUGGGACUCAUGAGGUCUCAAAUCAGGAUUCUGCUUAACAUUGGCUUCUUGAGGAAAUCAUCUGGAAAAGUUCUUAGAAUACACCUCUGCAUGGGGUUUCUUCCAGGGAUCAGAUUUAGAGAGUCACCCACAUAUAUCUUGAUUAGGGAUUGUGUGGCACUCUGGCAGAUUCAAUUUCCAAUUUGGAUAUUGCACUCCAUUGAUGAGGGCAAUUAUUCAAAAUCUACCUUCUGACCAAUUUUUACUUUUAAUUGUGCAAAAAUGGUGUGUGUGCGUGAGAGAGAGAGAGAGAGAGAAAGAGAGAAUAUGAAUGUGGGUUAUGUAUGAGGGUAUGGCCCUUCCCGCUGCUGACGCAUGGACUCUGGAUGGUUAGCAGUGAGGAAGUGUGGACCUUGGAGUCAGAAAGCUUCCUCCUUCCUGAAUUAUAGAAUCAUAGAACAGGAAGGGACUUCAAAGGUAAUCCAGUCUAGCAUCCUUGAUAGGUUACAAUGGAGGUCCAGACAUCACCAUCAUCAUCAUGCCACUUUUCAUUCAGUGAAUACCAAAGCAAUUCACAACAGUAAUAACUGCAAGAGACAAUAAUAGAAAAACCUGAACAGAGGAGAGGUGCAAAGAGCUUUCCUCUGUGACUGAAUAUGGUGGUGACUGAUGCAGGUGCCCUUCUACCACUUGACUGGGGGCGGGGGGGGGGAGAUGCCUAAGUAAUUUUGUAGUCCUUUCACUUUUUCUGCUCUUUUAGAUGUGGCAGCCAUAUUUUUUUUGUGCCACACUCAAUGGCAGCCUUUUUGGGACACACCCACGGAACUUCCUCAAAAUUCCAGAUAUGGCCAUUGGCCCCCCCAACAUUGGCACCCUCUGCAGUAAUCCAUACUUCAUAGUUAAUGUAUGUUGAAAACAAUACAGGGGGUAACACUUUGAAACUGCAGGGGUUAUGCAAGGUCGGGGAAAAUAAGGGAAAUCAGGUUUGAUUUUUUUUAAUGCAGUGUUGUCUUACAGCCUUGAGGUGCUACAGCAGGGAUGGGAAUCUCCAGAUGCUGUUGGACUACAAUUCCCAUCAUCUCUGACAAUUCGAGAUCCUGGCUGGGGCUAAUGAAAGUUAAGAGUCAACAAGGCCUGAAGUAGCACAGGUUCUCUACCCCUGCAAUGCAUUACAUCAUGAAACUAGUUUAAAACUCCUACAAGAUAAAUGAACACUGAAUUUGGGAAGAGUUUUCUAAUCCAGACAGGAAACAAGCAUCAGUGAUAAUAGAUAGCACACUAUCAACAUCAUUAUGUAGAACAUAAAAAGUGGAGUGACAGUUUAGUUGAAAUUCGUUGUCAGAGAUUCAUGAUGAGGACAUGGUGGAUCCUAUCAAAUUCCUGUCAGAAGGACUAUAUCAAAAGGGGGUAUUGUGGACACACAAUGGCUUCUAGUUCACUGAGCAAUGUGGUUGCAUAUCUUGGGACAUUCAGCACACUGGAGGCAACAUGAGUUAUGCAUGUCAACAUUUGGAAGAUGAAAUAUUCCUCCUUCAUAUAGACUUCUGUAUAGACAGGCUCGACUCCAAGUUUGUUUGGGCCCUUGGUUGCAAGGAAAUUGGUGGAACCCCUUCCCCUUGGCCAUUUAGUGCCACCCGUAGCUACAGCAAUUUAAGCUCACAAAAGGGCAAAAAUGUAUGAGAACUUACUAAGCUAAAUUACAGAUGAAGGGAGUUUCUGCCUGUUUUGUUUACUGGCUCUUGUGUGGUUCAGAGCUUUGUGAUAGGUAGAGAAGCAACAGGUGCAGCAUUUGAGUGUGUGAUGCAUCAGUGUAGCAGGAAAACAUCCCACACUGGAUUUCUUGGUGCCCUCCAGCUGUAGCUCAGUGGUAGAGCAUCUGUUUUUUGUGCAGACAGUGCCAGGUUUGCUCCUCAGCUCCCUCAGGUAGGCCUGGGAAAGACUUUGAAACCCUGGAGAGCCACAACCAUCGUAGAUAAUACUGAGCUAGAUGGACCAUUGGUCUGACUCGUAUAAGGCAGCUUUGUAAGUUCCUAAUAACAACAAACUUCUCAUUAGAAGACAAUAAUGAAAGAAAUGAGGGGCAGAUCAAGUGGCAAACAAACAAAAGUAAAAGAAAGCUUCUUUUCUUCUCACAAAGGCAGUAGUCUUUCGAUUGAACCCCUAAACUUAUUUAUUUACAUUUUACAGAACACACUGGGACCUUCUUCUGAAUAAAUGUAUUUGGGGUUGGGUUGUAGGAUUGAUUGAGAUGUAAGUAACAUGCUACAGUUGGGCAGGCAUGGCAUCUAUCAGGCAGGUGAGUGAGCAAAAGAAAAUACCGUAUUUUUUGCUCUAUAAGAUGCACCAGACCACAAUACGCACCUAGUUUUUGGAGGAGGAAAACAAGAAAAAAAAAAUUCUGAAUCCCAGAAGCCAGAACAGCAAGAGGGAUCGCUGUGCAGUGAAAGCAGCGAUCCCUCUUGCUGUUCUGGCUUUUGGGAUAGCUGUGCAGCCUGCAUUUGUUCCAUAAGACGCACACACAUUUCCCCUUACUUUUUAGGAGGGAAAAAGUGAGUCUUAUAGAGCAAAAAAUACGGUAACCCCAGAUAUCUUAUCCACAGUGACUUUCAUUAACUCACAUUAAACAGGACUUUAGUGAGGGAUUUAUAAAGACUUAAUAAUAAUAACCAAAAUGGUUGAUGAAAUAUUAACCACCUGUUUUUUCAUAUGUCUUGGCGGUAACCAAACUUCAAAUUUCUAGGGUGUUUGGAAAACGAUUGAAUUGGGAGCUCUGGCAUUCUGAUAAUUGCACAAUGCUUGUGUUUGUUUGUUUUUUCUAUUUUGAAAAGCUGUAUUUUCAAAACUUAUCAUAGCCACAUUCCUUCCCAGCAAUCAUAUUGUUGCCAAUUUUGUUGUUUUAUUUAGAUAUUGCUGAUAGCACUAUGAACAUCAGAAAUCAAUAAUAUUAUAUUUAGCUGUUGAAAUCAAAUAUUGCCUAUCAUGUUCCUUCCAGGAGUUUGAAUAAGCCCCGAGGUUAUCUGCACCUAACAAAACAGUAGUACUGCUUUAUGGAAACUCAAAACCACAGCCUUAUACUAGAGCUUAAGUCAGCACUAAUUUAGUCCACAGCAGAUAUGAUAAAACUAGACAAAACUGCUACAUAAACACCUCCUGCACCAAACAUUUAGCCCUGCUGAAUAUCCCCCAAAUGAAAACUUCCUUGUUAAAUUGCCAUGUAAAAUUCUAUUCACUGUUUAAAGACAAACUUUAAAAAGCGACACUUUCAUUUUAAAAAGCUGCUUCCCCUCUGUGUCUGGAAGAGCAGCUAUAGCUAAAUAAUGCUGUAUCUUUUCUUUUUUUGCCUCACGAAUAACUUACCAAAAAAUGUAAACUGAUUCUGAUUUUUCCAAGACAUUGGCUUCAAUUAUAUGAACUGUAAAAGUAUCCUUUGUGUAUCUGAAGAAGUGAGCAAGCACACGAAAGCCUAUACAAGAACAAACUUAGUUGGUCUCUAAGGUGCUACUGGAUAUUUUAUAUAUAUAUAUGUUUAUUCUUUGGAAUGUUACACUUUGAUGUUUCUUUAGAACACAUUUGUUCUUACUUUUUAAAGUGAGUUCAGAAUAAUGAUUGAUGGUUAAGUUGGCCCAAGACAUUUUGCUGCCUGAGGCAAAAAAGAUGAUCCACACACACCAACUGCAUGCAGGUGUGGCUUGCCCAGUGGAGCAGAGCUGCCACAAUAGCUUCUGGGUAGCAGUAUCACUUGCCACACACUGGUAGGGGUGAGGCACCAGCAAGGCUGGGGCUGUGUGGAUGCAUAGGUGGGAACACUGGAUUGGCUCUGCCAGUGUGGCUACACAGCCCCAACCUUGCUGCCAUCUUGCCCCUUCCCAUCCCUGUAAGCAGCAGUGAUGCUGCUAUCUGGAAGCUAUCAUUGCAGCAUCACCCUGUCAGGUAAAUGCAUAGAAUUAUGAACUGUUCCUGAUUCCGUGUUCAGAAGCGGACUGGACUAGCAGUGGAAUUCUGCUUCAAUAUUGGCAUCCUCCACUGCACCUGAGGACAACAGGCCUAAGUGCAGGGGUUGCAUGACAAGCCACAUGGCACACCCAGUUCUGUCUUCCAACAGAGGAGAGAGAAGGGUGUUGAGAAGGAAUGGUUGGAUGGUGGUGGCUUCCAUUGCUCUAAUUCCAGCAUCUGCCGCCCAGUGGUGGAGUUGGCCAUGUUCCCAGAAGCAGUUUUGCAUGUGUUCAUUCAUAAGUGCCUUCUCUCUUGUUCUUCAUAAAUCUGCAUGGAAAUCUGCAUUCUUUGUUACUUAUUUCCUCACAGGACGCACAUUUUUUGACAUAUCAUUAGAUAAAAUAUACUUUUUAUCCUAAAAUAUAUGAUUUUGUGUGCACUUUGGCCUAAAGUACACAAUUUAAUAGGCUUUUUGGUGGUUCUUUGAGCUGAGAACAGUACCACAAUGUUUGGAGGAGUGUGACAACCAAAGGAUAACUUUGUUUCAAUUUGUACAUCUGGUUGCUUGGCUUAAAAAAUGCAGAUGAAACAGAAUUCUUAAGCAUUCCUAGUUCAGAACAUCUGAGAGUUCCUAAAAACCCACCUUCUACAUAUGACCUAUUAGCAAGAGGACAUACCGUACUUGCUUUCCCAUGUUGUUCCAUUUGAAAGUGUUAAGGUACUCAAACCUGCAAUGGGUCCUGAGGCAUUCACCCUUUGUGUCAUAGGUGGAGAACCUCAGGCCUAGGAGCCAUAUGCGGUCUUCCAGGCCUAUCAGACUCAUAGGACUCUCCCUAAGCCACACCCACUCCCUGGUCACAUACCCUCUUCACAGACCACACCCCUAACUGGCCCUGCUCCACACCCUCAUUGAGUGUAUUAGCCUGGGUAGAAUGUGUUGUUGAACUCUGGUGAUGCCUCGUUCUUGCCUGGAGGGUGGGUGGAUGGUGGGGUAUGAGCGUCAGUAGAAACUAGCCCACUAAGCAAAGCAAAUUUUACAUUUAUUGAUCUGCACACUUUCCCCUCUGGCCCUGCACAUCUCUGGCGUGUGGUUUCUGGAAGAUUGUCCAGAAGGAAAUGCAGCCUUUGGGUGGGAAAAGAUUCUGCCUUCUUGCUUUAUGUCAUCAUCAAACUCUGGCACAAAAGAGGAUGCCACCAGCAGAGAAGCCUUGUGAAUUUUCAUAAUGGCACUAUGUGACAAGAUGCAACACCCCCUAAAAGCUUCCGUAUUUGGAGUCUUCCUGAUGUUUCUGCCACUGAAUUGUCUCUGCCUCACCAUGCCCAGCCUUCCCUCCAACCUCUAGCUCCCUGGCCUGGCAAAAGUACUAUGAUGACCUGCUAUGCACCAGGCCCUGAUAGGCAGCUAAGGCUUUCUGGGGGAAAGAGGAAGUCGCUUUCCUCGUCUUUCACUAAUUUUCCCAGUUCUGCUGCAGCAGAGUCACAAAUUCUUUUCACAGCCCGCCCUUUUCCUGGCCCUUUAAGGCUUAUUGCACUUGCAGGUAUUACAGGCUCAAAAUGAAUUGGUCCAAAUCACUAGUUAUUAGGGGUAGAAAUGAGGCUAUUCUUGAGGGGGGGGGAUGUUUUCUGAUAGAAUAAUUUCUGUGCAAAAAUAAGGCAUUUUCUUCAGUCUCUUCCUUCACUCCUCUAGGCCCCAUGGGUACGUGAGUGGCAGCUGGUUCCCUUCAGUGUUACAAACACAAAACCUGCAGACUAGGGAUGAAUAUUUAUGUGUGUUCCUGUCAAGUUUGCAGCCAAAGAUCUCAGAGUUUGGGUAUCAUAUGGAUCUUUGCAUUUAAUUUUCAAGAUUUCUCUGCACUGGACUGCAGAGCUAGAUCCGGUGCCUGGGGGAUGGGAGUGGUUGCAAGUUGCAGAGGUACAAUUGACAUUGAUUGAACAAUUAGCAAUUCUUUAAAAAGAUGCUGGAAGUCAUAUCUUCAAGAUUUGGAUUCUACAGCCCUAGGAACAUGAGGUGGCUCAGUGUAUUGGCAAACAUAGGUAAAGGUAAAGGGACCCCUGACCAUUAGGUCCAGUCGUGACCGACUCUGGGGUUGCGGGGCUCAUCUCGCUUUAUUGGCCGAGGGAGCCGGCGUACAGCUUCUGGGUCUUAUGGCCAGCAUGACUAAGCUGCUUCUGGUGAACCAGAGCAGCACACGGAAACACCGUUUACCUUCCCGCCGGAGUGGUACCUAUUUAUCUACUUGCACUUUGAUGUGCUUUUGAACUGCUAGGUUGGCAGGAGCAGGGACCGAGCAAUGGGAGCUCAUCCCAUCGCGGGGAUUCGAACUGCCGACCUUCUGAUCGGCAAGUCCUAGGCUCUGUGGUUUAACCCACAGCGCCACCCGCGUCCUAUUGGCAAACAUACAUGAAGCCUAUUGUUGGUUAUUCCUAGUGUAGAGACACAGCUCGGGCUGAGAGUGCUGGGAUCAUGGAUUUAGCCUGCACUUUAUAUAUGGUAAUAAAAUGUGGCAUGAUACUUUGCAACACAUGUGAUCCCACACCCCUUCCCACACCCACCUACCCACUACUGUGCAGAGUAAAGCACAUCUAAGUACUAUUGAUUUUGGAAUGACUUACAGGUACAAAGCCUUCUUUGCCUUUCUAAAAGGUUUUUAUUUUGUCCCUUUAGAAUGGAUUCUUGUGUACUGUGCAAUGUACCUUAUCAGGCUUCUCAUGUCUAAGUUUUUUUUAAUGUCCUGUAUUCCAGUAAAUGUUUUUCCCCCAUCCAUCUAUUAGCAGCACAGAAACACUCGUGCCAUCCUCAGUACUCCUUAAUGCACAUUUCUGCACAGUACUGGUGGGGAUUUUAUCUACUCUGCCAGCAGAAGGUAUUGGUAUUACCAUAGAAAAAUGUACCACCCCUGCUGGUAAGGAUCACAGCUAUUUUCAAAGAGCUCUAAGUUUUGAACUAUAUGUACACAUUGGCAGUCUGAUGUUUUUUACAGUAGGAAGUGAUGGUGUAUACUUAGGGAUGCCAUACGUCUGGAUUUCCCCAGACAUAUACGGAAUACUUUUCUGUCCAGAUUUUCACUGUUUGAAAUAUGGCAACCCUAGUAUACUUUUCAUAUAACUGCUGUGUCCAUGUAAGAUAAGUUUACUGUGUGUGCACCACAUAGAUCCAUAGUUUAUAUGGUUACAAGGAGAGGCGUUGCAAGGUGGGUGUGUUGGGUGCGGUCUGCCCCAGGUGCCACCUCUGAGGGGGGUGACAAAAUGCUGUGCGGCACUCCGCAUCUGUGAGAGACAGUGUGGCUUUUGCACACACAGGCUUCCCGCUGCCAAAACGUUCCCCAGAAAAGCUCAACAAUUCUGGCUCCCCCAAAAAGAGCCAAACCAUUAUUGCAGGCUGGCUAAAUAAAUAAAUAAAUAAAUAAAUAUAUAUAUAAAAAUAAAAUUCAAUGGGGGAGGGGUUACAAGACAUUUUCCACACUGGGUACCACUUGACCUUGCUACGCCAAUGGUUACAAGUUUGUGGGGUUCCUGGACUCCCCUCCUAAUUCUGGGAUGCCAGAUAUUGAAUGAGAGACAGACUUUGGUCAUCUUUCAUCAUAUGGUGCUCUGUGCAAAGCCAAAAUUUGGUGACCCCCAAAUGGAUCUUCUCAAUUAUGGAUCUUCUCAAUUUUGCGCUGUUUCGUCUUGGCACCCUUUGUGGGGGAACCACCUGCACCUCCCUGAAUCCGGCGCUGAUUGAAUUUAGCAUUUUGAAAAAGCCAGGGGCCAGCCUGGUGAUGGCAUACUAAUGAUGAGUCGUUAGCUGGGACAAAGGGAGUGGCUCAGUGCCAGAGAGCAAAUGGGAGGGGCCUCUUUCUCAAUUCAGAAUUAUUUAUGAAGACAAACCAUUUCUGAAGUAGAGUUUUAGAGUUGGAAGGAGAGCAGUUGUAUUCAAGACAAGAGUUUUUGCUUGAUGUAAGCAAGAGGAAAGAUAGUUGCAUUUUCCAAGCUGGCAAAAGCGGGUGUCAGAGCAAUGUGGGCUGACUGUCUGAAUCCAAGGCAGGACCCUCUCAGUGUGUAAUGCUGAAAGCCCCUCCAUCAUAGCUCAGGUGCUAUAUAUUUGUCAAUAAACCAUAUUAUCAUAAAGACACCACAUUCUCCACCAUGCCUCAUUCCUAAAGGAAACACAAACCCCGGGUAAGUGCCUGACCCGUGGAAUCUUGCACUGCUCAGAGAUUGGGGUGGUGUGAUAUUUUUGCUACAAUAUCAAUAUCAGGUUUGACUGUUAAGCAACUUUCACUGUCUCCUUCAUUGUGCCCGUUAUUAGAUUGGCAAAAGUAGCUACUAAGCCACGCAAAAUGCCUCUCUGCAGGAGUGAGGAGGGAAUUUUCCAUUUACUUGAAAGCCCUUGGCAUAAUUUCCACCUCUUAAUGCUGUUUUUGGGCCCCUGGCUUACAUCUCAACUCACUUUUCCCACCACUACUUCUCUGUGUAUGGAUUUUAAGGAGUUUUCGUAAUUGUCAGUGCUAAAGUUUACUGCUCAUAAAACCCCAGAAAGCAUUGAUUGUGACUUGGGUAAACCAAGUAGCAUAUAAAAUCUUACAGCAGUUCAGCCUGAAAAGAGUUUUAUGAGGGAUGAAUUUACCAGGAGCAGCAAGGGGCCUGCAAGAUGGCUGCCAUCCCAUUUUCUACCCUUUUCUGCCAAAAUAAAAUAAGAGGAGUUAGAGUGAGAUGUUCUCUGUACUGUAGCCAUCAGUUAAACUUUGCUGCCUUUAGAUAUGGUCUGUUCAAUACAUUGUGGAAUGAGGAGCAUCACUUCAAAUGAAGGGAGAUGCCAGCGGUCCUAGAAAAGAUUUGGAAGCAUCUUUGAGACAAAUAGCUUUGUGAGUCUGCUACAGAAAAAAGUAACCAAGUGUUUUGCGGUACCUGAAAGAUUAAAAGGUGUAUUAUGGCAUAAGUCUUAAUGGACUAAAAUUCACUUUGUCAGAUGCAUGAAGUGUUAUAUUCAGUUGUGUGGCCACACAUGCACAUGUGGGUGGAGGUUAUAGAUGGAGCCAUAUUCCCAUGAGUUGCAUAAAGUGCGGUCUGUGAAAAUUCUGUGUGAAGCUUAAGAUAAGCUAAGUGACCAUUCAUAACACAAGUAAUUGGGGAUAACACAAUCACCCUAGCUUUGCUAUGUUAAUUAACACCUGUUGUAGUCCUGGAAGGUAGAAAUUAUUGUCUUAUAGCCAAAACAGACAAUAAUUGCAUGGAUUACAAAUUUUUGAAAAAUUGCCACCCAGCAUGGAAGGAGGGUGUGUGUUUUAUUGGAACUACAAUGCACAAAAAGGGACAAUUAACUAUUUCCUCCCCAAUCACAGAACACCACCAUUAAACUGCAAUCAGCAUUGGAAGCAAGCUCCAUUAGUGCCAAUGGGAACCUUUUUGUAAUACUAAUUGUGGUGGAGGGCCAUUUUUGUCAGACUCAUGGGUGGGGAAGGAUUAAAACUUUGCCGUCCCAAUGUAAAUGAUUAAAUUCCAUACAAGUAUUGUUGGGAUAUCUGAGAAAUGAGACAGGACCAAAGCAACUAGAUCCUCUAGGUAAUUUCUGUUCCCAUUUUCCAUUUCAAUCAUCUCUGGUUUAGUUUCAUUCCUCAUUUCAUUGUCAGUUCCUUCUAAUCUUGUCAAUUUUGUAUCUAUUUUUCCUCUAAUACUUCUAUUUUUCAUUAAAUGACUUUUGUUUGCUCUGUAACCAUCUUCUAAUGUCCACAGUAAGCAAGGACCCUGAAGAUCUCAUUCUUUCUUGCAGUUCUUCCAUAAGAUCAGGGAAAAAUUGCAAUACAUUAGAACAUACAAUAAUUUGAAAUACUAAAACAGCUUAAAUUUCACAUUGUGGUAUGUUCUGGGUAUGAACUAGGACAAUGUAGAGAUAUGAGAGGUGUUCAGCAUUUUUUCAGUAUACAGUGGUGAUUAUGUAUAUGACCAUUACCAGACACAGUAUUUGCCCAUAGUGAACCUGGUGCAUGGAAUGCUCUUGUCUCAUCUCGAUGGUGGGGUCAAAACUUAUUGAAGUGGAAUUUCUCAAGGGUCUUCUGACUGGGUCUGUAUAAUGAUGUCCUCAUGAAGAGGAGGGUACAGAAGCUUGAAGAAGUGUUGUUCUGAAUCAGCCACAGAGCAUAUUAUUAAACAAUGUGAAUACUCACAGCAGUGCUUUUGACUGGAUGAUGUAUGGAAACUGUUCAACAUAUCAAAUUAAGACGGGGAUUAGAAUCCCCUUUACUCAAAAUCCAUUAUGUGAAGAAAGUGAAGGCAGCAGAGGGAAUUAACGCAGACAUACUUAUUCUGCAGGGGGCUUGUGGAUAUGGAAAAUACUUCCCAGAAGUAUUUGUAAACUUCUGUCUUCCCCUUUAGGAAAAUGUGCAAAACAUUCUUAAGAAAUCAUUAUCUUGCAUUAACGUUUUUGAUUCAUGAACUUAUAACUUGAAGCUCUUGCAAUAGAUCAUACUCUUUCUUUGAGAAAUUAUUUCCAUAAAAUGCUAUAAUGUUUAGUAGAAAGACGAGUCACUGUAUUUUUCCAAUUCCACUUCAAUGCCAGGCAAUUUUAAAUUUACAUAAAUUAAAAUGGAUGAUACAUGUGGAUCUCACUGAUUUAGAUUGUAGACCAGAUGUAGACAACCUCUGGAGUUCCAGAUGUUGCUGAAGGUCAACUCCGAUCAUUCCUGGUCACCAGCUCUGCUUGUUGGGAGUUGAAGUUCAGCAACAGCAGGGGCGGCGGGGGGGGGGGGGCAAAAGUUCCCUACACCUGUUUCAGACCAUGCCAGCUUUCAGAGAAUCAUUAGGACCAAGUAGGCUUUCAGAUGAUGUGGCUAGUUUUAGUUCCAGUGUAAUUAUGUUGCUCCUUCUGUAUCAGCUGUAUUUUUCUGUAUUCUUUAUUUAUUAUUACCUUUGGGUCCCAGAAGAGAAUUGCAUGUAAAAUGUCGGUCAUGAUCAUGAGUGGAAGGGAGUUUCUAUAUACUAAAGACUCAUGAGGUUGUAUGUAAUAUAGUGUACCUCUGUUUACAAACAUGCAUUGCACUCCCCACUGCACACACAAUGAGACCCCAACAAGUAUGAGCUAGGCCAUUCAGUUUUGGGGAAGAGUUUUGCCCUCUCACUGUACCAAUAUCCUCAAAUGCAGCAGUUUACUUUCCUCCCUAGAAAAAAAUUUGGCAGCAAUCAAUUUAUAUAGGAGAAAGUAAAAAGGUGGACUAAUGGAUAUUGUUAUGCAUGUCUAAACUUGCUCCCUGACACUGGUAACGCCAGUGGACUCAGCCAAUGGGAAUCGUGAGCAUUCUACAUAGAAUCAUAGAAUGGUAGAGUUGGGAAGGACCCUGAGGAUCAUUUCAGUCCAACUCUCUGCAAUGCAGGAAUAUACAACUGUUCCAUAUGGGGAACAAACCUGCAACCUUGGCAUUAUCAUACUCUCUAAGCAACUGAGCUAUCCAGGAUGUCUAAGCCUACUUAUACUUGCAUAGCUGCAUCUCUUCGUCUACACACCACUAUUAUAAGUUAGAAUGUUCUUUUGUGUGUCGAUUUUUUAAAAAUGGCUAGUCAUUCCGUCUGCCAUCUCAGGAUUGGCAAGCACAUUUGAAGAUAAUUUCAACAGUGUAGUAGAAAAUAUUCUUCUAUUUAGGGAAAUAUUUUGUUCUGUGUCAGCUUUAAAACAAAUAUUACAGUUGAAAUACAUUCUAUGUGGUUGCAAAUGCAGCAGGUGAUUUCACUGUUUCCGCUGCUUUGGUUUUGAUAGUGGAAUUGCUGUACUGCUUUUUAAUUCAGCCUCUUGUCUCUUUGGCAGUAUAACGUGUUACAGUGAAAAUAUCAAAUAAAGCUACUGCAUUGUGCAUGGUUCUCCUUCAUGAACAUGUAUAGCUUUCUUGGAUUACAGUCCUUAUGCAUGGCAUGCUGUGGCCUGGUUCCAACAUGCCAUUAAAGCUCUGAAAUAACUACCAACUUGAUAUCCCAGAAAAUCUGGUUCUCUCUCAAAUAACCACUGAGAAAACAACUUGAGAGCUUUUCUUUCUCUCUUUUUCUCCAGUUCCAAAACCCAAAUGCUUUCUCGCCACCUUUCCGCUUUGGGACAGUUCCUAAUGGCAGUACAGAGAGGAACAUUCGCAACAAUUACGAACUGAUGCACGCCUACAUGGUGAAGUUCAACCAAAGAUCGGUGGGAGAUGCGCUAUCCUCAUUAAAGACAGGGUGAGAUUGCCUCUUCCCUAAAGAAUAAGGUUGCUAAUGUAAACCUGUGUGUGUAAUUCUCUUGGGAUUUUGAAGAACCUUCUCCCUGAUAUUCCUGCUGCUAAAACAUUGCGUAUAAUCCAUGUACCACAACGUUGUCAAGAACAAUUUAUCUCAUCCAUUAUUAUUAUUUUUUGUUCUUUUCGGCUAGAUAUGUGCAAGUAAUAUAACAAUGAUUCUUCCCCUUCUUACAUCAAUGCAGACUUUCUGAAAAGCAGAUUAGCUGCUGGAAAUAUUGCCUUAAGAUGCAAUGCAAUAGUUGUGGCUAGACAUCACCUAAAAUUCUUUAUUAUUGAAAUAACUAUGAUAUUAUCUUAAUCCCUAAUGUUAAUUGCUAUAUAAAAAUAUUAGUAAGCUGGGGAUCCUAACCACUAUUAUAUGAGGGCUGCAUCUUUUCCAUGGUAAACACACACAUACUAUACUUGUGUAAACUCACAGGUAGCCCUAUUCCAUUGAUUCAGCUUGUGUUCUGUAUCAGCGUAUAAACUGGGAGCAGUACUACACUGACUAACCUUGCUCUUGAUGUCACAUGUGUUUUAUGAAGGAGUCUAGAUCAUCAGUGACAGAAUAGCAAUCUUCUGAGGAAAAACCAGUUGUGGAGAAUCACUUCACCUCUUUGGGGUCUUCUAUGUUCAAUAGCUGUCAUUUUUGCAUACAACGAAUAUAUUUCCAUUAUGCCUUUGGCAUCUGCACAUAAAGCACAAAUGUCUGCAAGGAAGAGGCCUUCACAUGUCACGCUGUGCCUCAAAGGCUUCCUCCCUGCAGAUGUGGAUACUAGGGUACAGCUAGUCAGUGCACAUUUUAUAAUGGGAGAGGGUAAGGGCCCCACUUAUGCUUUGCUGCAAGGCAUGAUUCAGGUUGCCUGAAUAGAACUUUUAAAUUAUUGUGUGCCAGGGAACCAUAACUGAACCAUUUUGCAAAGGCUCCAUACAACUUCUGCACCUAUGUAAAUGGCUUGCCAUGUUAUUUCUCAACAAAUUUCUUUUUGGGGGCAGCUGCUGCUGUCCCAGAAACCUUCUGACCCACCUGGCGAGCUAUGAUUUUUCCAUUACAUUUGAGGUUAUUAAUUCCUAUCUCUCCUCUUCCUCCUCUACAUUGCCCAGAAAUCAGAUUAUUCUACUGGUGGAGGGAGGACUGCUUAUACACAGUUUGUUCCCUGGAGAAUGCAAAUUAAAGUUUUUAUUUGUCAUGCUAGGCUGCUACUCACCUGAUAACCUGGAACAAAUAAGGAUAAUUUCCAGGUGACCAGACAGGGUAGCUUUGGGUCUAUUUUUCUUGUUUGAGGGGGAGGGGAAGGGAAUAUCACUAUGUCACCCUUUCUACUCAUAUAAAGACAAACUACACAUUAUGUAAAUCCAUGUGGAAAUAUUUGAGCAAUGAAGACAGGAAAUGCUUCAUGGUGCAACAGAACAAGGCAGCAAUUCUAUCAUUGAAUGCUUCAAAAUGUAGCUGGUGCAAACACACACUUAUUGCUGGGACUAGUACAGUGGUGCCUCGCAAGACGAAAUUAAUCCAUUCCGCGAAUCUCUUCGUCUUGCGGUUUUUUCGUCUUGCGAAGCACGGCUAUUAGCGGUUUAGCGGCUAUUAACGGCUUAGCGGCUUUAAGAAAAAGGAAGCAAACUCACAAGAACUCGCAAGAUGUUUUGUCUUGCGAAGCAAGCCCAUAGGGAAAUUCGUCUUGCGGAACGACUCAAAAAACGGAAAACUCUUUCGUCUAGCGAGUUUUUCGUCUUGCGAGGCAUUCGUCUUGCGGGGCACCACUGUAAUUUAUUUUUCCAAUUGGGCACUGAUUCUUUUUCUUCUUUCUUUCAUUUGAGGUUAGUGGGACACCAUAAAGCUAACGUUACUGCCCUCAUAGGGAGACAUAACUUGAUCUCCUAACCACUUGUCAUCUUUAAAGAUGCCUAUGGGAUUCUUCCCAUAAGCAGGGGUCCUGGCUGAAGCUAAUUUGAAUAAUUACAUUUUGGUUAAUGCUAUCUUUCCAGCUGCUUGGUUGGGGAAAUGGUCUGCUUUGCUUUCUUAAUUCACAACAUAGUUACGGUAGAAAUGCUGCUGAAUUCACAAGCUGAAGAAGAAAGUGUUGUUCAGUCAUAAAUGAAAUGGUUUACAUGGGCUGCAUAGGCAUCUUUAAAUCAAAGUUAACUAAAUUGUGGCCCUCCAAAUGUUGCUAAACUCCCAUCAUCUCUGACCAUUGGCCAUACUGUCUGUUUAGAUCCAUUGGAAGAUGCUGCAGAUUUGUGUGGUGAUGCUACAACCUGCCUUCAUCUCAAUGCUGAUUGUGCCCAAGCAAUUGUUCAGCCUGGCUUCCUCUGUGUUUGGUUACCUGAGGUCACAUGGGAGUUCUCAACUUCCUUCAGCAUCACAUGAUUUAGGUCUGCACAGACUCUUCUCUUUACUUCAUUCUCUCUUGUUUCUUGACAUCAUGCAGGAAGCUGGAUGCUUUUAUUUAUGAUGCAGCUGUGCUAAACUACAUGGCUGGCAGAGAUGAAGGCUGCAAGCUGGUGACAAUUGGGAGUGGGAAGGUCUUUGCUUCAACGGGCUACGGCAUUGCCAUCCAGAAGAAUUCAGGCUGGAAGCGGCAAGUGGAUCUGGCAAUCCUACAGCUCUUUGGUGAUGGUAAGUGAUCUGGAUGAGGAACUAGGAGUGCGUCUCCAUUGAGUGAAGCUAUUAUCCCCUACUUACCACUAAUGCUAAGGCAAAAGCAACAACAACUAGCCGGCAGCAAUGCUAUCAUUUUUUUGUUACUCACCCGUACUAUGAACUUCUGGUGUAUUGUGGCUAUUCUACUUUGUCGCUAUUAUUUAUUUAUUAAAAUUAACUUAUAUGUGGACCCACCACCCCACUGCCCCAGUAUAGUUUUCCGGCUAGGUAAAUCCAACAUAAGUGGCAAUGAAAUUAGAGGACUGGAGGGUUAGGGAGGAUCAGUUCUAUUUUUCUAGAAAAAGAGGUGCCAGAACUCACCAUGAAUGCCUCCCUUGUUCUCUUAGAAUGGCAAUGGCACCCACCAGAGAGGUGCUGGAACUGAGCUCCAGUGAGUUCCAGCUGAAAAACAAGCCCUGGGCAGCAUCUUUCCUUUCUAAAUAGUGGCUCAUGAGAGGAAAAGCUGUGCUUAAAACUCACCCACUGUUCACUCUGCUUCCUUCCCACCCAUCUUUUCCAGGUGAGAUGGAGGAGCUGGAAGCUCUCUGGCUCACUGGCAUCUGCCAUAAUGAGAAGAACGAGGUAAUGAGCAGCCAGCUGGACAUCGAUAACAUGGCCGGAGUCUUCUAUAUGUUGGGAGCAGCCAUGGCCCUCAGCCUCAUCACCUUCAUCUGUGAACAUCUCUUUUAUUGGCAAUUCCGCCACUGCUUCAUGGGCGUUUGCUCUGGCAAACCUGGCGUUGUCUUCUCCAUCAGCAGGGUGAGUACUUUCAGCCUCAAGGAAAUAAAGCCACCAUCACGACCGUUCCCUCCAUCCAAGCCAACUUAGGCUUGGAGUUUUAUUAUUUUGCAAUUUUAUCUACUAUGCUUCUAGACCUCAAACUAGCCUUUCUCAUUACUUCCCCUUGUGCCUAUGGCUGUCAUUUCUGGCCUCUAGGUAAGAGGCAUUUGGCCUUCAGAGAGAAAAUCUAGGAAAAGAAAAUGGAACUUUGAAAGGUUGGGAAAAUCUAAAUUCUUGGGACAGUGGCCUCAGCCACUUCUUCAACAAGGUGUGAAAAGGUUUUCUGUAAUUCUUGGUAAUUUAUCUGAAAGAACAAGAGCAUCCUUGCUAUGCAACAGGUGGAAGCCACCUGUUUCAAGCAGCACUAUAAGAGGAGCUUGAAUGAAGGCAGGACCUGGUCUCUGAAUGGUACAGCAAGACUUUUUCAAGUGUUGGUUCAGGGGUUGGAAAGUGGCCACUAUUUCAGCUUUGCUUCAGAGUAAAUGUCUUGGAGAAGCAUAAUGAAAGACUCAAAACAAGAAGGGGGGUUUCUUUGGAGCAGAACAUUGUGUAGAACUCUGACUUUUAGGUAACUCCCCCCUCCCAUGUUUCUGAGUAGAUUUUACUGACAGAAACAAAGGACACUUAGAUCAGAAACUUUCUCUCUAGCAAAUAAUUUCUGUAUGAAUUUCCUUGAAUUCCAAAAUUCUUUCCCUUUCAUUAUUUCAAAUAUUAUUAUUUAUUUAGUAGAUUUUUUUUUAUCUCCCUUCAGCAGUAACAAUCUCAUGGUAGCAUACAAUAGCUACACAACAAAUUGUCUCUCUCUCUCUCUCUCUCUCUCUCUCUCUCUCUCUUUCACUCACACUCACAAACACACAAUUAUAUUACUACAUUAAAAACAUUAAAACAGCAGCUAUCAUUAGAUCAGAGCCUGAAAAAUCCAAUUAUUUCCAAAUGCUUGCAGAAAGAGAUGAGUUUUCAAAGUAGCAAAAACUAAACAAUUAAGGGGCAAGCAGAACUUCCUGAGGGGUGGCAUUCCAUAGCCAGGGCACCACCAGUAAGAAGGCCCUGCUACUAGUUAUCACUCCAAUUCUUGAGCUGUGGAAAACAUACAAGAAAGUUCAUUUCUCUGUCCAGUUAGAGAUUAUGAACUGCACAAGGCUGCAUUGACAGAUCUCAGCCAAUAUUAUUACAUUGUGUGAUGCUGCACUAAGGAAUCAGAUGCUCCUGCAUAAGCUGCCUUUUACUUAAUAAAUUUAUCAGUUUGAGUUCCUAGGAUUAAAGAUGAUUUGGAGGUGACAAUGUAAAUGUUCAUUGUUAAAAUGUGGAUUUUUUCAUCAUUACUUUCUUUGCUUAACAGACUAGGCUCUUAAUUGUAAAACUCUGAUCCAUUUUUAGGAUGCUUUUAAAAUGCGGAAUUCUUUGACCAGAAAAGUCAAACUCAGACAAAGUAUUAAGACAGCAUAAUUCUGGUUGGGAAAAUCUAUUUUGUACAACUUCCUAAUUUAUACAAUUCUUUAACAGGACUAGGGAGAAAGAGCUGGAACUCAUACAGCAAUUGUGGGUCAGAGUCUGUAAUCAAGAUGAAUAACAAUGACUAGAGGCUAUGCAGAGGGUCAGGAAACUGUGCCAAGUGAACCAAUAUGUUGUACCUCUAAAAGUCAUGUCCUGACAGCCUCAAAUUUCUGACUGGUUAUAUGUUUCCUCAGACCCGUUUCCAAAAUCUGUAAGCUAAAGAAUAUUUGCAAAGGAAGGAGUUGGACUCAUUUAGGUAUUCUAAGUAAGAAGUAUCACAUUGAAUCACGCCUAGAAACUAAAUGUAAACAAGUGCUGUGGAUCAAAGGCUUGUCUAAUGGCCUACCUGCAGUAGUUGGAGAUUCAGAAUAAUCUCAUGUGCAUGAUUACAAACUGUCUGAAGCGCUUACCAGGGCAUUGGAAAACAGUGAUCAAAUCCUGCAGCUAGUGCUUAAGGUGUAACCUUAAACAGUACUCCUGACCACAGCACUCUGAGCAUCUGAUCUGUAAGAAACAUCUGCAACCAUGUCUAAAAAAACCAAACCACUUCAAUAAAGGUCUGAAUAAAUUUCUAGAUUUAUUGCAAUUUAAUAAUGAAAGGGCAAGGGAUAGACGGGCAAAGGUGGAGGAAGAUUAAAAGUGGAAGAACCAUUAUGAUAGUGUCUAGAUUGUCUCAUCUCCCAACGAUAUCCCACUGAGGAUCCUAUUUAGCAAAGGACAAGGUUCUUUGUCUCAGUCCUCCAAGCUCUGCAUCUCCCCUGCUGGAAUGCUCCUCUGCUAACCUCCCUUUGCUUUCCCCCAUUGCAGGGUAUUUACAGCUGCAUCCAUGGAGUGGCUAUUGAGGACCGCCAUUCUUCCAUGAACUCCCCCACUGCCACCAUGAACAAUACCCAUUCCAACAUUUUGCGCCUGCUCCGAACAGCAAAGAACAUGGCAAACCUUUCAGGUGUCAAUGGCUCACCACAAAGUGCCCUGGAUUUUAUCCGUCGCGAAUCCUCUGUCUACGAUAUCUCUGAGCACCGCCGUAGCUUCACUCACUCCGACUGCAAGUCUUAUAACAACCCCCCCUGCGAGGAAAACCUCUUCAGUGAUUAUAUUAGUGAGGUGGAAAGGACCUUUGGUAAUCUGCAGCUGAAAGAAAGCAAUGUUUACCAAGACCAUUAUCAUCACCACCAUCGCCCCCAUAGCAUAGGGAGCGCCAGCUCCAUCGAUGGACUGUAUGACUGUGAUAAUCCACCCUUCUCCGCACAGCCUCGAUCUCUCAGUAAGAAGCCAUUAGAUAUCGGUUUGCCGCCGGCCAAACAUGGCCAGUUAGGUGACCUUUAUGGCAAGUUGUCUUUCAAGAGUGACCGAUACAGCGGUGGAGGGGCACAUGACGAUUUGAUCCGUUCAGAUGUCUCGGACAUAUCGACUCAUACCGUGACUUAUGGCAACAUUGAGGGCAACGCUGCAAAGCGGCGAAAACAGCAGUAUAAAGAUAGUCUAAAGAAGCGGCCAGCCUCGGCCAAGUCACGGAGAGAGUUUGAUGAGAUUGAACUGGCCUAUCGCCGGCGUCCCCGUUCCCCUGACCACAAGCGCUACUUUAGGGACAAGGAAGGGCUACGGGAUUUCUAUUUGGACCAGUUCCGGGCUAAGGAGAACUCACCGCACUGGGAACAUGUGGAUCUGACGGAUAUUUAUAAAGAGCGGGGAGAUGACUUCAAGCGUGACACUAUAGGGGGAGCAGGGACAUGUACUAACAGGACCCACCACAAACACGGGUCGGGGGAGUUUGGAGCAAACAAUGAGCACAAGCACAGUGUUGUGAGUGGGGUACCAGCGCCAUGGGAGAAAAACCUCACCAAUCUCGAUUGGGAGGAACGCCCUGGCGCUAACUAUUGCCGCAGUUGCCCAUCAAAGCUGCAUAACUACACUCCGACUGUGGUGGGGCAGAAUUCCACCCGCCAGCCAUGCAUCCGGUGUGAAGCCUGCAAGAAGGCCGGAAACCUCUACGACAUCAGUGAGGACAACUCCCUUCAAGAGCUGGAUCAGCCAUCUGCUCCUGUGCCCGUGGCAACCAGCACCUCCACUACCAAGUAUCCUCAGAGCCCUUCCAACUCUGCCUCCAAGGUGCAGAAGAAGAAUCGCAACAAGCUACGCCGGCAGCACUCCUACGACACCUUUGUGGAUCUGCAGAAGGAAGACGCCGCCCUGGCCCCCCGCAGCGUCAGCCUGAAGGACAAGGGCCGCUUUUUGGAGGGAAGCCCCUAUGCCCACAUGUUUGAGAUGCCAGCCAGCGAGUCCACUUUUGCCAACAACAAGUCCUCAGUGCCCGCCACCAGCCACCACCACCACAACAAUCCUGGCAUUAGUGGUGGUUAUAUGCUCAGCAAGUCGCUCUACCCCGACCGGGUCACUCAAAACCCUUUCAUCCCCACUUUUGGGGAUGACCAGUGCUUGCUCCACGGCAGCAAAUCCUAUUUCUUCAGGCAGCCUGUGGUGGCAGGAGGGCCCAAGGCCAGGCCAGACUUCCGAGCCAUUGUCACCACCAACAAGCCGGUGGUCUCGGCCCUCCAUGGGGCUGUGCCAGCCCGUUUCCAGAAGGACAUCUGUAUAGGGAACCAGUCCAACCCCUGUGUGCCUAACAACAAAAACCCCAGGGCUUUCAAUGGCUCCAGCAACGGGCAUGUUUAUGAGAAACUUUCCAGUAUUGAGUCUGAUGUCUGAGUGAUGGGGAAAAGCAUGGGAGGGGAUGGUGCUGGAAAUGCAACGUGUGGGAGGGGCAGGUGGUGGGUUCAGACCUAGUUCCCAUUUGCUACUCUUCUGCUACUCUUUUUUUCUUUGUGGAGUAUUGGAGUUCUGCUUAGGCAGCGCUGAUGCGAAGUGCCACCUCUUUCUUUCCCCAGAUCCCCCAUCCCCAAUGAUCUCUUUUCAUUUCUCCACUCACAGUUCCAUUCCUGGCCAUCACAUGUCAGAGCUUAGUAGCUUAGCUUGUGUUUUCACAGUUGGGAAAGGCAAAGGCAUGGUUGAGGAGAGGCCAGCAUACGAGUGGGAGCAAUAGCCGCAGAGUUUGGGGUUUUCUCGGCGCCAAACUGUGAUGGUUAGUACAGAUACAAGAAGGUGGCCUGAGGCGGAGAAUGGAAGAGAUAGAAUGGGCAUGAAGAAGAUACAGGUCUUCUUACAUAUGUACUUUUAAGCAAAAUUGAUGGGACGUGAAUAGUGUGGGAUCAACUUAAUGCAUUUUAUGUUGAUUACAUGCAAAAAAUCAUUCAGUUCUUUUGUGAAGACUCUGUGGGUUAAAGGCUGAAAUAUGGAGUUGCAUAUAUACAUAUACAUAUAUAUAUAUACUGAAGAUAAAAAUGUAUUGAAAUCUUGGUAUAUUUACCAGGGGGAGGGGAGGUUUGAUAUGUAUGCAGAUCUAGCCAGUAGACCAGUCAACAGUAACCCAGUGAGGUCACUUCUGAAAGACGAAUUGGAAUGAUAAAAGCGAAUGCCAGUGAAACUUUCAGCAAAAGUCUUGGGAAAAUUCAAAUGUUGGGGUCCCAGGGGAGGUUUUGUUGCAGGUUUUGUGCUACUCAUGAACAACUUGUUAAUUUUGAAAUGGUGAAAUAUCAAAUAUGGGUUGGUUUAUGCACAAGCUUAAAUGUGAAAAUUAAUUGACAUGAACCAUCAUAACAACAUGAGUUUCUUAUCGCUACGAUAUUUAGUAGACAAACCCAGCAGAGCAAACCUUUCCAAUGCAAGGGAACAUAAAGGGCAGUGAAUGAAAAGAAGAGCAGGGCUGGCAACUCAAGCUCCACAGUUGUUCUGAUGAAUUUAAUCUGGCAGGGAGAAGGCUCAGCCAUUGCUCCCUCCUCUAGCAUAUCAUGCAACACGAGCAAGAUGAAUAAUGGAAAGGCUUUCUCUGCUGAUGUUGUAUUUCCUCUGAGUAGAAAGUAGGAAGAAGGCGGUGGUGGUGGUGGUGGGAAUAGGGCCAGCACAACUCAGACAUGUGUAUAUGUGUAUUUAUUGAAUAUAUUCUUAUAUUUGAUAAUUAUAGUGUUGUGGAAAUACACGGCUUGUCUUCCACAGGGCAUGAGGAGAUGAAUCAUCAGAUCCUACUGAUGCUGUGGUGACGACUGGAGAGCAGAGUUGGAAAGAUGUGGGGAAUAUUGUUGUGAAGGGGGCCGGCAGGUUCAAAAGUGCAAAAGCGGUAUCACUUAGCAUCUUGAGAGUUGUUCUGGCCCUGUCCUCAAUGCAUAUAGUACUGAUAACAGCAGUUUGGCUACCAAGGAGGAAUAACUGUAAAUGCAAGUUAAAAUGAGACACUUGUUAGAAGCGAUAUUGUUUCGUUUACAGCAGGAACCCUCAGGUAAGGGCAACAGGUCCAUUGUUGCUUCCCAAAAAUGUGGCAAAGCACCUCACUUUUUCAUGGGUCUGUUGUUCUGCUUUCCUAACUGGAAAGGACUGUGAAAAGUGCUCUUCGGCUAUCUUGGGCACAUUGCAGUAGAACUGAACGCAUGGACAGGCACAGGCCCUGAGCUUUGGAAGCAGCCAUUCUUUUUCGAGCCACAUUUCCUGCAGCUGAUUCUCUUCUCAUGUAUCCUUCCAACCAUACCCUACUUGGCUUUAUCUUAAUACCUUUCUUGCAUUUAAGCCAACUGAAGGCCUUGUUUUUUUGGUAGGCAGAGGCCAGGAGGAAGGGCCUGAACAUUUUGUGAAAUCGGAUUCCCCCACCUCCUCUGGAUUUACUAAGCAAGUUAUGGAAGGAGGGAUGCCCUCUCUAUGGUUGGAGGAGUAGAACGCCUUUUUGUUCCUCUCUUCUUUCUCCUGUAAAGAAAAUAAUGCUUGCUUAGCAGUCUGCAGAACAUGGAGUGAACCCUCUGACAAGAGCAGUUGAGAAGGCAUUCAUUUCAUUUGUAAAUAUGGUUUUCUUUUCUAUUACAUUUUGUACAAACUAGUGCUUCUCUUCUUGUGAAUAUUCAGGUUUGGAGAGAAGAGGGAUUUUAGGUUGUCCUCCCAUCCCUGCAACUUUCAGGCGAUGUGUCUGGAAGUUGUUUGAUGUGGGCCCAGGCUGUUAAAAAUGGGGGAGAAGGAGAGAAAACUGCAUGCAUUGAAUACCUCUAUCUACACACCUGCCACCUUUUUUCUUCAUGGUUCGAAAAUAUAUUAGAUCACCUCUAGCCUUGCUAGCAGGGCUUUCAUGUUCUAAUGGAAGCACACUAUAUCUCCCUUGCUUGAUUCUAAACUCCAUACCAUAACCCUUCUCUGGAAUCUGGGUCCUGGGCAUUGUGCUGUUUUCCCUUGGUGAUGAAGCAAACCAUCAUUUUGAAUGUUCAGUUUAGAUCAUCACCCAACACUACAGGGACUUCUCCAAAGUUAAUGUUGGCUUGGAAACCUUGGGACUGGGAAAUCUCAGUUUACUAGUACUUCUUAAGGUUUAUUAAGCAGCUGGGUUUGAUCCUACUGAUUAAGCCUGCCUUUGGCAGCUAUGUCAGUAUUCCCAUCCCUCAGCUGAAACCAAAUACAGUUGAGAAUGGUACUUCGGAGAAAAUUAAACUGAAAAACAAACCAAAAAGAUGCUAACUGAACUCUCAGAAUGAUUCCAGAUCUUUGUUUUGGAUGACGGUUCACUAUGGUUCACAUUUUCUUAUAACCUUUUUCUCUGACCCUAGCUCAAUUUAAACGUUGAAUGACAUGUUUACAUUUAUAGUGUUUAGGUUUGAUAAUAUUAAAGUGCUUUACAAAUUUUAAUUUGCGUGCACAGAGUGUGAAAAUUGUCUGCUUAAGGAUAACAGGAAAUGUUGGAGGACUUUCAACAAUCCAUUUGCAGGUGUCUUGUGUAUUGCCUUGACACAUGAAAUGAGCCUCUGGCUUUCUUUCCCCUUCUCUUUCAUUUGAAACAUACAUUUUUCUUUCUCUUGAAAUUUGACCAAGAGGGAAAGGGUUGGUUGGAUCACACACACACACACACACACACACACACACUUCUUGGAACACUGAUUACAAUUUUGUAAUUUAAAAUUCCGAGUGUUAUUUCACUAAAAAUAAUUGAGUGAACAUAACAGGAAAUUUUAGCAGCAGGUGCUGUUUAUGCUAGAAUGGAGGCUGUGAUGUUGGUUGCUUAACUUGCCAAAAAAAUACAUGAGACUUUGUACGAGAGGCCAACAAAAGUGAAUGUUUAUCAGCUCAGAAACCCAGUUUCUUCUUCCUCUUAGAAAAAUGGGGUGUGUUCCUAAUAUUGCUGUCAUUUCAUAACAUUGAUUCCCCCCACCCACCAUGAACUAAGGGUGUUUGUUUUGCAUGGGUGAGUGGUUCUGUACCUGAACAUACAUAAUGUAACUGGUAUGGUUUUUUUUCAGUCUGGCAUAUCUUGCCAUUAAUGUCUUUUGGGAGGAUAUAUUGAAAUACUUUCUAAAUGCUCAUACUUCUGGAGCCAUGGCAAUAUGUAUGUAAUAAAUGUUAUGGUAUAAAGGAGGAAAAGAUGGG